CGUGCUUUUCUUCUGUUAAAUUUCUAUUUUCUGAGCGAUCUGGGCAUCCAAGUAUUAUUGGGUCGUAGCUUUAGGUUGAUUAAUUUGAUCGUGGAUUGAUCUAUCAUCUGCACUAGCUGGAUCGCCGAUCAAUCAAUAUGACGUUCGGAAUAGGGAUGCCAAUAUGCGUGCAGUGCGGGACGGCGAGCAACCCGUGCAGGUGCAAGGUGGUGGGACCGACGGUGGGGUUCUUGGCGUUCGCGGUGGCGGCGGUGGUGGAGUGGCCGGUGGGAGCUCUGGUUUACGUGUUUCGGCACAUGGAGGGUCGCCGGAUUAUGGCUCAUCCAGCCACCGUCGUUUAUCCUUCCGUCACCAAUGCCAUCCCUAUUUGAGAUUUCCUGCAGAGCUCCCCUGGCCUGCCUGCGACGCGUGCAUGCUAUCUAGCUAGGUAGCUUCUUGAUUAUAUGUGUGUUUAUAUUUUCCUGUUUCAGAAAAAGAAAAUAACAAAAGAAGAAGAAGAAGAAGAAGAAGAAGAAGAGAACAUCUGUAAUAAUACUGAUAUUGUGUUUCCUCUUCAUAAAUCGUCUUGAUCUUUCAAAA